CCUUCUUCUCUCUUGUCCAAUUCAGUCUCGGUUACUUCAUUGGAGAGAGGACCAGAAGAGUGUGGGUAGAGUACAUAAGCACGAGAAAGAAGAGGAGAAGAUUCUUGGGGGCACUUUUUGGCCUUGGCCUUGCCGCUCUUCCUAAGAAUCGAAGGACAUCUCCUCAGAGAUCUGCUGUUGGUGGAAGGACUCAGGAGUUAAGAAGUGGAGACACGAGUGCUGCAUUUGUGUGUGAAAAAAAAGCGACAGAGAGAGAGAGAGAGUUCAGAUUGACAAGAUCUUUGAAGCGCUCACCAAGUAACCCAAUCUGGUUUUUGGUUCAAAAGCAUUUCCCACGCUCAAGUACAAUCUUGCGUACAACAUAGUAUACACAUAAAUUCUAUCCUGAUUGCGUCCCUUCUCACUACACCUGUAACGAUUGAUGUCUCACAUGGGUAAAUGCGGCGAAGACUCUUGAAUGAACCUGAUUACGCGUGUAUUGGAUUCCAGCUUUGCAAUCCUGUUUUUUUUUACUCGAGGCCUGAAGAUCGACCUGAUUUACCUGCUUGGCGAGCUCGUUGGGCUUUGCGGGAUGCGCCCAUCGUUCCUUCCGCGAUCGCAGCAAGAAUCUUCGUACUUCAAGUCCUCCUCGCCUGUGACUCUGCCUCUGCCUCUACCUCGUCCUCCUCCAGCCUUCCAUUCGCCUCCAGUUCUAUGUAACAGGUUAACUUUUAGCAUUCUCUAACCACGGUGGCAUUUUAGCCACUGUGAUAUCAUUGCUAUGAGGCCAACUGAGAGCGCCGAUACUUGCGGAUAGUAGUGACUGUACGUAGUAGUAACAGUAGUAGUAAUAGCAGUAGUAGUAGUAGUAGUAGUGCGCACCCAACGAGUUCUGCUUCUACUGAAAGACACAUCUUCCGACAGAUGUAUGUGAGUGAGGACGAAAUUAAGAGGCUCAUCAAGUCAUCAUCCACCCUGUGAACAUCGAAAGUUCCUAGCCCUCCUCCUCCUUAAUCUCAUAGAAAAAGGGCUGGCCUGUCAAGAGAUCUGUGCCGCGAAGACUCCAAACGCUCCAAGUGAUUUUGGCUACGACCCAUCAUCGGUCGCAAAAGUAUCAUCAUCCACAUAGUAUAUCAUUGUGAUUGAUGCUCGAGAGCCUAAGAACUAAUUUUGUUUGGAUUCGAUCCGUGAUCAAAAAUAAAACAAAAAAGAAAGAGUGUCAACAUGUGCCAAAAGCUGUCCAAGAUGGUUGGGGAUACAUGAUGAAGUCCAGAAGAGUUUGACAACCCCUUUGUCCCAUUAACCUUUGACGUGCGAUUUCCAAGGCUUUCAUCAUGACCUCGACCGAGGCUGAUGACGAGAUCUUUCAAGAUGCUUUGGAGGAGCCGGCGUUGAGUCCGAAGAAUGAUGCUCUUGAUGUGAUAUCCAAUAAUAACGGCGGCAUUUCACCCCGAUCCUUGAGUAAGAAAUUCCGUUUCAAGAAGAAAAAACGAGUCCGAUCCGGGGAGGAUGAGAUCCCGCCCUUGUCAGAGACUUUGGACGAUGCCAAGCUCUCCGUGGACAUGUUUCUUAACAACCAAUUCGAGGAGGCGAGAGCUAUUUGCCAGCCAAUGGCCGAUCGGAGUAUGUAUCAUGCCUUGGGAUAUGGAGUGUUCAUGUACUUGAAGGCGGUUAUGACUUUCGAGGAGAAGCAUAUUGAAGAGGCGUCUGGCGUGUUGUCCCAAGCUUGCGAUACCAUCGGCCAAAUGAGACGCAAAACCGGCUUCACCGAGAACCUGGGACGAAUCAUCAAGAAGGUCGACUACGACCAGUAUACCGAGAUGGAGCUCCACGCCGAGAUUUGCUAUUCCGAAUGCUUAUUGCUCAAGGCCGCGUUGACAUUUUGCGAAGACGAGACUCUGGUGUCCUUCGUCAAGGCCGGACUCAAAGUCAGAACGUGCUACCAAUCGUUUCGGGAGUGUUGGAACGCGCUCCACGAGCGGGAUUGGACCAAUUCCGAGUACAAGAGUGAUUUCGAAGGUGGGGUUCGCUUGGGCGUUGGCACUUUCAAUCUCAUGAUUUCCUUGCUACCAGCACGCGUUAUGAAAGUGUUGGAGUUCAUUGGCUUCAGUGGCAAUCGGGAUGCUGGAUUGCAAGAGAUCAUGUGGGUGGAACAGGAACGAAAUGGUCUUCGCCAAUUCUUGGCUUCGUUCAUCCUCCUGGGCUACCAUUUGCUCUUAUCCUUCUUCAUUGGUAGCACUGAGUGCAACCUAGACUUAUGUAAACGUAUCCUGGAGGAAAAAUUGGCCAAAUAUCCCGAGGGUGCUUUCUUCCUCUUCUUCAAGGGCCGAUAUCAUUUCGUCCAGGGUGAGGUGGGUGAGGCCAUUAGCUGGUACAAAAGAUCCGUGGAUUCCCAAAAUGACUGGCCGCAAUUCCACCAUAUCUGUUAUUGGGAACUCUAUUGGGCUCAUGUUUUCAAUUGCGAUUGGAGCGGCGGGUGGAAAUAUUCGGACUUGCUUCUCCAGGAGUCCAAUUGGUCCAAGUGCAUUUAUGCCUACCAAAAGGCCUCGGCUAUGAUUAUGAAGAGCAAGCAGUUAGAUUCUAGUCAGAACAAGGAACUUGUGGAGCUCAUGAAAAAUGUCCCCAAGUGGAAACAAAGGAUCGCCGGGAAGAGUCUGCCCAUGGAAAAGUUUGCCGUGCGGAAAGCCGAGCGGUUCCUGGAUCAAAGCAAUAACCUCAUGCUUCCCAUUUUGGAACUCAUCUACGUUUGGAACGGCUUCCAUGUUAUCGGCAAGCAAUUCCAAUUGGUGGAGCGAAUCUACGCCCUCGUCGACUCCGAACUCCGAAACUUGGAGAAGAACUCCGCUUUCAGUAACUAUUACAGUGAGAACCUCUGUCUUUUGAAGGUGCUCCAAGCAAUGUGCUUAAAGCACAUGAAGUCUCCUCUUCAUGCUGAAGAAUGUCUCAAAUCUGUGAUAUCCCAUGCUGGAAAACUGAAGGUGGACACCUAUCUCGUUCCAUAUGCCAUGUUCGAAUACGGUUGCAUUCUUCGAGAACAAGGCAACCUUGAGGGAGCCAUGCACCAACUGGAGUGUGCCAAAAACGAUUUCAAAGACUUUUCUUUGCAAUCUCGACUCCAUUUCCGGAUCCAUUCGGUUCAGCAGGAGAUUCGGGGAGCUUCAGAGGCCAAAUCAAGUGAUGGUGAUCCUGAUCCCAACCAUGACGAUUGGACGGCGGACGAGAUUCUUCCUAUGCUUUGAAAUGGUUCACCCUCACCUUUAAAUGAAAUUGAAGCCAUGGAGAUCCUUCAAGGGAAGAGGAAAUAACUCCUGGAACGAACAUGUGCCAUCCCCAGACGCCUACCUCGUGCGUGCACAUUUUAAAAGAUAGGCAGGCAUUAUUAUGACGAAAUGCGUUUAGCCACUCAAAAAAUGCUUCUUCGCUUAUUGAGUAUUGCAGUUUUAUUGCGCAGGGCCCCUUGUCUUGUUGCGUUUAUUGGUAUCUGAUCAGAAAUCUAUAUUUCGGUUAAGUAUUAACUUCAUAAAUAAAUUAAUUUGAUCAAGAAAUCCCCAUUCAGAA